AUGCGAGCUGGUCGGAUCACGCGAAUCUUUUUUGGGAUUUUCCUUUUACUCAACCUACUUUCCUUUUCAAUUUCCAUACCAGCCCUAGCCAAAGCAGCCUUCGAUUCUACUCCAGCCAUCAAUGCAGUGGCACCCCUUUCGAAGAGUGCGGCGGCACCGAAAUUACUGGACUCCAAAACUACACUCAGCCCCACAGAAUCAGCACUUGACCUUCAAAAGAUUCCUCCCGACAAAAAGAAAAUCACUUGCUUGACCAUCGGAUCGCGUGGAGAUGUGCAACCAUACAUAGCCCUUUGUCAAGGAUUGAUCGAAAAGGGACACGCCUGUACAAUUGCAACCCACGAAAAAUUUCGAGACUGGAUCAUUCAAAGUGGAGUUGCUUUUCGUCCGGUGGCUGGAGAUCCCGAAGAAUUGAUCAAACAUUGCACGAAAAAUGGCAUGAAGUCGUUCUCUUUCUGGUGGAAAGGGAAGAAAAAGUUUGGUCCAUGGUUUGAUAAACUGCUCGACAGUUCAUGGGAAGCCGCUCAGGGUAGCGAGCUGUUGAUCGAAAGCCCAAGUGUCAUGGUCGGCGCCCACAUUGCACAGUCCCUCAACAUACCAUACAUCCGAGCUUUCACGAUGCCAUGGACUAAAACUGGCGUUUACCCUCAUGCCAUGGCUGCGAUGGGAACCUAUUGGGGAGAAUGGAUGAAUAAGCUAAGCUACAAGCUCUUCGAUGGAAUCACUUGGUUGCUCAUUCGGAGUAAAGUAAACCGCUGGAGGGAAAAAACAUUGAACCUUCGACGAACAACAUUGGCAGAACUGCAGCUCUCCAAAGUACCAUUCUUAUACAACUUCAGUCCACACGUAGCGCCAAAGCCAAGUGACUGGGGAGACUUAAUAAAAGUCACAGGAUACUGGUUUGUGAAGCAGAAGCAAAACCCAGUAAACAUACCAAAUGAUUUGGAAAAAGCGAUCGAAAAGGCUAGAAGACAGCAUAAGAAAAUCGUGUACAUUGGUUUUGGCUCGAUUAUCGUACCGGAUCCCAAAAAAAUGACUGAUGCUAUCGUUGGAGCAGUGGAGGAGUCCAAUGUAUUUGCCAUAAUAUCAGGAGGGUGGACGGCUGGUGCCGCAGAGGGUGCCACGAAAGUUGCAGCGGAAGGUGCCACGAAAGGUGCAGCGGAGGGUGCCACGAAAGGUGCAGCGGAGGGUGCCACGAAAGGUUCAACAGAGACUGCGACCAAAGGCGCAACAGAAACUGCGACAGAAGAGAAAACUGAAGCUGAAAAGGAAGCAGAGAUUGCUACAGCUUACAUGAAAGAGAAAAUCGGAGAGCGGCCAAACUCGAUGCACUACGUAGACUCAGUUCCUCAUGAGUGGCUCUUUCCACAAAUCUCUGCCGCUUUACAUCACGGAGGCGCAGGGACAACAGCCGCAAGCAUCCGAGCUGGCAUCCCAACAUUGAUUAAGCCUUUCUUUGGGGCGCAGAGAGUAGAAAAGCUGGGUGUUGGCACACACGUCGCCAGUCUCGGCAAAAAAGAUAUUGCUGAUGCACUUUUCAAAGCUACCACGAAUGAAAAACAGAUUGCGGCAGCCAAGGCUCUAGGGAAGCAGGUCGACAGCGAGGAUGGCGUGAAGAUAGCUAUUGAUUCAAUCUUUAACUACAUGGACGCAUCACAUGCGCUAAUCCAAAAGACCAGGGCAAUCAACCUGAAGAAGAAACCCAGACCAUCCUCCACCAAAUUGGGCGAGAUCAAAGCCCAAUUAAGUUCAAUAUUGGAAGAGUUGCCCUUUGGUGGAAUCUGGCGAACUGUGAGACUUAAGAAACAGUCUCCAGAAUCCCAAUCUUCUUCAAAAACUUCCAGUGAGGUCGGACAUAUAGCAUUGAUGGAAAAAAAGCCGUCUGAGAAAAUUCCCCUCCUUUCCACACCAUAG